AUGCCCGAACCUUCUUUCUUACUAUCUCGACCAUUACCGGACGCCGGCGGCGGACACAAUGUCUCGUCGCCGGCUAACACGCGCCCUCCUUCGCCCAAGUUGGGCAACUUCGCCUCUAUUUUCGACGAUUGGCCCGCCGGUGUCUCCUCGGCACUCGACCAACUCACGACCGCCAACCCGGGCGAUCCCGUGAAGUCUCUUCACGCGUCUGCGCCUGCUGUGUUGUCUACAUUUUCUGGCUCGGCGGUCGACGCCCUUCGCGGGUCUGCCUACAAUGCCGGCUUCUUAAGCGGCCUCGACUUCUCUACGAUAGGCUCUCCGAGCGGAACUCCAGGCUCUCUUCUUCCCGACACGACUUCAGAGGAUGGCAGUGGUGGAGAGGACGACGACAGGACCAGAGACGUGGAUGGUGUUACUGCAGGAAUUCUUCUUCCCGCCCCGACCGACCUCUACGCGGCGAGCCUGAAUACAGUGGUCAUCGCCUCGCCUUCCGCUUCGCCGCCGACUGGUAUCGCAACCGUGACUGUCAAAGCCGCCGCUGCUGUGGCCGAUGUAGCUACGCCAACACGGCCAAUGUCCAUCUUGAAGUCCCCCAAACGAACUCCCGGUCUCGUCGGCACGCCUGGUAGCAUGGGUUACAGCAAGGCCAUGGGCCAAUACGACUUGCCCUACCCCCUUUCUUCCUCGCUGCUCUUUUCGUCCCCCACGGCCGGAUCGCCCAUGUUCAACCAUCCUAUCCAACCUCUGUCGUGGCAUACCAAACAAGAGAAACUGGCUCUGCUUGAGAUGAAGCUCAAGCCCGAAUACAAACGGGACCGCGCGCUGAAGUUUCCCGGGGCUGAAGCGGUAUCACCGGACGCUGGUCUUCUCCAUGUUUUCGUGGAUCUCUCGAACAUUGUGAUUGGAUUCUACAACCGCAUUAAAAUUGACCGUGGUUUCACCCAAGACAAAAAGAUGACGGCGCCACCCUUUUUCUUUGACGGUUUCGCGCGCAUCCUCGAGCGCAAUCGGCCUUCUGCACGCCUUGUCACAACGGGGUCUGCACCGGACUACUACGACCGACGGACUUGGCCGGCGUAUAUGCGGCAGGCAGCUGCCCUGAACUACGAGAUGAAUAUUCUUGGCCGUGUCGCUAAGCUUCCCCCAUCACCGAAGCUGAAGUCGUCCACCAAGCAUUACAACAACAGCAACAACGUUUAUAACAAUAUUGGCCACAAGAAGAGCACAAGCCGUGGCCACAACACCGGGAACAACUUGUUCGCAGAUAGUUACUCAUCUGACGAAGGUGUUACCGCCAACUCACACUCCAAGAAAAUCGGCGAGCAAGCCGUUGACGAAAUCUUACAGCUCAAGAUGUGCCACAGUCUUUUGGAUCAUGACCCCGGUACCAUUGUCCUAGCAACAGGUGAUGCGGCCGAGGCCGAGUUCUCGGAUGGAUUCUUUAAGCACGUCCAACGUGCGUUGGUCCUGGGCUGGUGUGUCGAGCUGCUCUCCUGGAAAAUGGGGAUCUCGAGCGCCUGGCGUGACCUGGAGCGGAAGGAGAAAGGAACUGGCCGAUUCCGCAUCAUUGAGCUCGACAGGUAUGCGGAAGAUCUUCUGGACAUGUGCAUCGAUUGA